AGGUAAUUAUUCCCCUUUAGUCCUCUGACCCUGAUGUUGGCGGCAAGGAGAUCUGGAUGUGGGGCCGUAAUGUUAUGAUGGGAUAUCUAAACAGGGAGGAUGCAACUAGAAAGGAUAUGACCGAAGAUGGGUGGCUUAAGAGUGGAGAUCUGGGAGAAAUAGAUGCUCAGGGAUUUCACUUCAUCGUAGGGAGAGAGAAGGAUCUGAUUAUCACAGCAGGAGGUGAAAAUGUUGCCCCACAACCCAUCCACUGUGCUGUCAAAGAGGAACUACCGAUAGUUAGUAAUGUAAGCAACUUGAAAUUCUAAAGGGACUGUGCGUGU